AUGGACGGAAAGGAUCAACAUUGUCAUGCCCGUCGUUUGGCUUUUACCGCCGUCGCAGUUUCAACAACUGCCGUCAUCUGCUCCAUUAUUGCUCUUCCAUUAAUGUACACUUUAGUCAUGAAUAUCCAAAGUGAAAUCUCCCAGGAGACCGGAUUCUGCAUGAUGCGUUCCCGUGACAUGCUCAUGAACAUGUACUCAACUGCCGGAAAGAGUAACUACCGUGCCAAGCGUGCCUGGCAAUUCGGAUCCUGGGUUCAGGAUUCUGGAGUCGGAGGAGGAGCCGGAGGAUACGGUAGUGGACCAGCUGACAGUGGAUACGGAGCUCAAGGAACCAACAACGGAUAUGGACCAGUUGUCAAUGCUGAACCAGAGCCACAAUGCUGUACUUGCCAACAAGGAAAGGCUGGACCACCAGGACCACCAGGAGAUGAUGGACAUGAUGGUAAAGAUGGAUCUGCUGGAAAUGAUGCUAAGAAUGGAAAAGACGGAGGAGUUGGACCAUCUGAUGGACUUCAAUCCGAGCCAUGUGUCAUCUGCCCACCAGGAGCUCAAGGACUUGGAGGAGCUCCAGGAGCCAAGGGACCACAAGGACCACGUGGAUCACCAGGACUCUCUGGAGUUGACGGAAGACGUGGAGAGCCAGGAAUGUCUGGACCAGCUGGAACUCAAGGAGAACCAGGACCACAAGGACCACCAGGAAAGAAGGGAGACGAUGGACGCGUUAUCAAUGUCAACGGACCACCAGGACCACCAGGAGCUCCAGGACCACAAGGACGCAAGGGAGAACGUGGACCAAAGGGAGUCACUGGAUCAGUUCAUCCAGGAGUUCAAGGGCCAACUGGAGAUCAAGGAAGAAAGGGAAGAGCUGGAAGAAAGGGAGAGACUGGAGGACAAGGACCAAUCGGAUCCAAGGGACCAAACGGAGAUUGCUUCCAUUGCCCAACUCCAAGAACUCCACCAGGUUAUUAA